CAAAUACCAAAACAUAAAAUGUUCAUUUCCUGCUCGAGUAUUAUGGCAAAUAAAUAAAAUGGCAUUAUAUUUUGACCAUUUAGAGAGCUAAGCCUGACAGAAUUAUGUCUGUUCUUCGAGGAAAACACUAGAGACGGGUAUAUUUCGCUUUCGUAAUGUCUUGUUUUGAAAAGCUGCCAUAAUCUGGCCAAGGAUUUAGCACGAAAUUGCCACGAUGGAAACUGCCUUCAAGCAAUUUGAGAAAAGAAUUAAUGCCCUACAAGAAUUAGAUCAAAAUGGGGAAUCGGGGUUUGCCCGAGAAUUUCAGGUAUAAAGGUUUUAAAUUUUGCUAUAUUUUGAUAUAAAUUCACUUGUGUUGUUGUAUCUUGGAAUAAUAUGUCGUUAUUGGUUUCCAUUCAGCGAAUAUUUAGGAUUCCUAUGUGCAUUAAUAUGUGCUAGUAUUAUAGAAUAUAGCUUAUCGUGUGUUAUAUAGGAAUAUUAAAAAUAUGUAUGGUAGCCAAAGGUCUGUAUCUAAGAUUAUAUAGAUUAAAAUUAUAUGAGGCCUUUGCAAGAUAGUUGAAUACACCCUUUCGAUAAUUACUUCACACAUACUUUUUGGUCUUGGAACCUGGCUCUCAUUAGCAAAUUAUGCCAGAUAAUUGGCUCACGAUUCAUGAGAGCGAGGCUCCCAGGCCAAAUGACGUAAUUAUCGAACAAAUAUUUUACAAAUAUGUACAGUAUAUAUCUUCCUUAGGCCCGUUUCAUACGCCGUACUUCACAUGUGCCGAAUGCAUUAAAGACGAUAGAUAAUGAGCUGAAAUGCCUCAUUACCUAUUGUUUUUAAUGUAUUCGGCGCAUGUGAAAUACGGCGUAUGAAACAGGCCUUACAAAAUUAAAAUCGUCAAUGAAAUCUGGUCACCCAUAGCUGCAAUUACCAUGGAAUUACCUGUCAGAAUGUAAAUGAUGCACAUGUUCAGCAAAUUAUGAUGAUCCAAGCUUUAUGGAUAGAAAGCUUUGUUAUAUACAGUACUUAUAUAUGCAAUUGCAUAUAGUAUUUUGAGAAAACCCCAAACAAUUUAAUGCUAGGGGUUGCUUGAAAUCAGUGGCAUAACUGGCGGGUGUCUGGGUGUAGAGACGCGGGCCCUAGAAAAAAUGACCAUAAAUUUUUUGCUAGUGCAUUGGGCAAAUUGGCUGGAGUGUCAGUUAUAGAGGGCCAGAAAAUUUGAAACAGGUGGCCCCCAAAAGUAGGAAUGUAUGAAAUUUGGACCCCUUUUUUUAGCAGACAUCGAUGGGGAAAAUUUUUUGUGACUUUAUUUUUUACUUGUUGUAGUCCGGAAAGUUUUUUUGAACCCCUUUUUUAAUUAAUGAAUAUGGUUCGAAAAGUUUUUUUCUUCCCCCUGACACUGCCCCCAGCCAACUUUUUUGCGGAAAAAAUAGGGCCCCACUUAAAAAUUUGACGGGGGCCUCAAGGAGGUUGUGUUACGCCACAGUGCUUGAAAUCUAGUAAAAUUUACAUGGUAUCUGAUUUUAACACAUUGAAAACAAAUGUAAGGAAAAUUAAUAAUUGUGUUGGAAUUGAAGCAUUUACACAUUGAGUCAGAAAAUUAGAUCCACAUUGCCCAACAGAGGAUUAAUUUCUGCUGUCCGGAGGGGGGGAAUGUGUUUCUGAUAAUAGUAAGUGUAUUAUGAUGUCCAAAGGGGAUAAUUCAGGGGUUAACUUCCAAUUUCCUCUGUGAGGGAGCUCAGCACAACUCCAUAUCAACAUGCACUUUUAAAACUCUACAAUUUCUCAUGUAUUCAGGCGCUCAGACAGACAUCGUUCAAGUAUAAAGCGAAAGGAAACACUGCCUAUGCGACGAAAGCCGGAGAAUGUCCUGUUAACAGAGCCAAGAACAGAUUCAAAGAUAUUUUACCAUGUAAGAAUUACAUAUUUAUGCACCUCAACAAAAUUUUGAACUAUGAUAUUGAUUUCCGAUCCAAAAACGAAAUGAUGAAAUAUAAAUUCUCCUAAGUUUGCAUUUAUAUUAGCUAUAAGAUACUAUAAAUAUAUUCUUUUUAUAUGAUUUUAGUUGAUUACUCCAGAGUCACGCUUCCAUCGACUGAUGAUGACAAUUCCGAUUACAUCAAUGCUAAUUUUGUCCAGGUACAUAUGAUAUAUGGUUACACAUACCCUGGAUUCCAGAGCCUUCGACAGUAAAUAAUCAAUCGAAACGUCGCAAAGGCUCUGGUUCAGUGGGGAGAUUCUUUGAUUAAACCGCGCCAAUCACAAAACAGAAUCAAUUUAUUAUUUACUGUCGAAGGCUCUGGAAUCCAGGGUAGGUUACACAUGACCCUUGACAGAAGUACAGGCUGGAGCAUCUCAUUUUUCGCAAACCAAAUUUUCUGAUGCAUUUGUCACUGGGGACCCUCACCCCCCCCCCUUCCCCCACCCCGGAGAUACAAGGGGACUUGAUGAGGAUUAGAUGGGGAUUUGAAACUUUUUCUUGCCCCAGGAGGUGGGGGAUUUUUACAUUUUAGCAAAUCAUCUCAAGCAGGAGGCUGGUACCGAAUUCGCGACCGCAUUGCAAAAUGGCGGCUUUUGAAGGUCAACUUGAAGACUUUUAUUGUUAUGUAAAUGCAUUUAUAUGUUGCCUCUUUGUUCUGGUAUUUAUAUCUCAAACUAUCAUUCAGACAUUCCAACUCUCCCAAUUUUACCGGGAGUCCCCCGAAAAUUCAUGCAAUCUUCCGGUCUCCCGAUUUUUAUCAAAUUCUCCCGAUUUUUCAGAAUAUUCAGGAAAGAUCAUAAAAAUUUAUAAAUAUACUGUUUUUAGCAACAUAAUAGUCUGUCUCCGACCUUUUUUGAAGUUACUUUAUGGCAAUUUAUAGGAUCAAUUAUAACAACAUAGUCCCAAAAUGCAGGAAACGCCAUUUCAGAAGACUUAAUUUUUAUUAUUUUUCCUAGAAGAACUAGAUUUCAAUUCACUGAACAGUCUCCCUAAAUUUUACCUCCAGUAGUUGGAAUGUCUGAUCAUUUGCAUGUGUAAAAGUUUGGUCGUUUAAUUUUUGUUUUAAAACAGUUGAAGAAAAAGUUCUCUUGAUUCAUUUUUAUAUGAACAUUGUUUUAUUUUUUAAGAUUUGUCGUCAAUAAAUGUUAUUGAAUAUUACGCUAUUGAAAAGUGCUCAGUAGGGGUUUAGACGGGUUAGACUUUAUGUUGGUCCCCAUGUUAUGGGGCAUUUUUGCAGAUUUUUUUCACUUGGAGUCUAAUGCCCCAUGUAUGCCCGGGGUGGGGGUGGGGGGUUGGGCUUCCCAGUGACAAGUGCAUUACUGAGCCUUGGCAAUGGAAGACAUGGAACAAUUCCAAAAAUAUUCUUCUAAUUCAUUUGCUCACAUGAACCAAUUAAUUUGUGAAAUAUAAUGCCAUAUUACCAUCAAGUUCCUGGAUUUGAUAAUUUCUGGUCAUUUCUUGCCUAUGAUUGGUCAAUUGCACCAAAACCAAAGAUGAUUGGUGCAUUCAGCAUCAAUGGAUUAUUCCAGCUAUAGACGAAAUUUUGAUCCAGACAAGAAAAGCGGAAUUCAUUACCAUAGCUGGAAAGAGCAUCUUAAAAUGAGUAAAAUUGCAAAGUUUGGUUGCGAAUUGUUGUAAAAUGAAGAAAAUAUAGCCCUGUGAAGUUCGCAAAUUUUGUAUAUAUUUACAUUUUACCGUGCGUAAUACAAAUGUCAAAUAGAUACAAAAUUUGCGAACUUCACAGGGCUAUAUUUUCCUCAUUUUACAACAUUUCGCAACCAAACUUUGCAGUUUUACUCAUUCUAAGACGCUCUUUCUAGCUGUGGUGUUGGAUUCCGUUCUUCUUGCCUUGAUCAAAAUUUAGCCUAUACCUGGAAUCACCAAUUAUAGACCUUUCCAGUAAUUACGUCACAACUACAUUGUUUUCAACUUAGGACCACCUUAAAUCACGCUUAAAGCUACGUUUACACGCUGCGACUUGUCGGCCGGGCCGAUUUUGGCAAAUAAACGUUGCCCCUUCUUCGACAUUUAGCGAUUUAAACGUUCAAUCGAAGCUGUCCGCUCUCUCGUCUGUUCAUAUUAUAGUUUUCUGCGUGCGAAACGUUUUCAACAACUUUACAACGGAAGAAAAAUUGUUGAAUCGUGAGAAAAAUCUGUGCUUUGCUACAGAUUUUUCUCCCGAUUUUGUGAAUCGCAAGGCGCUGACGCGAGUACUCACGACAGGUUAUUUACAUACAGCGAGCAAAAUCGGCCCGACAAAUCGCAGCGUGUAAACGUACCUUCAAGUUUUUUUCUCACUGGCUAUGCGCAAAGAAGCAGAACAUCCUUCCUUAACCAUGUAUGAUGGAAAAUGUAUUAUUUUGAUAUUUUUCAUGCAUCAGUGUUGAAAAAGGAUGUUCUGCUUCUUUGCGCAUAGCCAGUGAGAAAAAAAACUUGAAAUCCAUUCCAUUUGACCCCUAAGUUGAAAACAAUGUAGCUGUGACGUAAUUAGCGGAAAGGUCUAUUGCCUUUUGGGGGUUUUCAAAUAACCCAUCAAAUCAAUUAGUUUGUGUGAGCAAAUGUACUGGUAGAAUUAUUUAGGAACGAACUUCCAUAAUUUAAACGUUUGGGUAACUUUUCGAGUUCGACCUUUUUAAAGUCCAGUAAGGAUUAUCUCUUGGCAACUUUACUACUAAACUAACUUUAACUAAUUUUAUUUAUUCUGGAUAACUCUAUCAUUUCUAAACUGUUCUUCCUAGAGGUCCAGUAAGGAUCAUCUCUUAUUGAUUCAGUGUUACUACAUGCAGGAGGAAACCUAAACUAAACUAACUUUAUUGAUACUGGAUAACUCUAUCAGUUCUAAACUGUUCUCCCUAGAGGUUCAGUAAGGAUCAUCUCUUAUUGAUUCAACUAACUUUAUUGAUACUGGAUAGCUCUAUCAGUUCUAAACUGUUCUUCCUAGAGGUCCAGUAAGGAUCAUCUUGAUCUUAUUGAUUCAGUGUUACCACAGGACGAAACCUAAACUAAACUAACUUAAUUUAUUUAUACUGGAUAGCUCAAUUUACAACUUUAAACUGCCCACCUAUGUCCAGGUAGGGUGUUGCUUAAUGGUCCUGUGUUAUCACAGGAGGAAACCAGAUUACUCGGAGAAAACGUGUGAUGUUUGGCAGAGUCUGAAUGAGACAACUGCUCAUUACAGAUAGGAAAGACUCAUGUGCCUGGUUCCAAUAGUCUUUUUGUAAUUGAUGAAAUUUAGGGAGUUGAUGGUGAAAAGGUAUACAUUGCUUCGCAAGGACCUCUGCCUCAUACAGUCAAUGAUUUCUGGAGGAUGUUAUGGGCGUAUAAAGUCAAGGUACUUUCAUUGCAUGAUACAGUGUAACGACAACGACACUAGAGCUUACCAUAUACAUAUUUACUGAGUUUUAUUAUAUAAUGUAUAAUGCUUUAUGUACUAUUUAAAGCACGCGUAGGAGUGUUUUAUCACAUAUUAAGCACGACGCGUAGCGGAGUGUUUUAUAUGUGAUAAAACACGACUACAAGUGCUUUAAAUAGCUUCAAAAACGACUCAUCUUUUCCGAGUUCAUUGGCGAAGUAAUUUUUAAAAUAAACGUUAUCUAAACCGAUAAAAUCAAAGCUAAAGUUUAUGUAAAUUAACGUGAUUUUUUAUCACAUAUAAAACCACGACACGCUUAUGAUUUUUCUUUGUGUUUUGCUCCUGAAUUAUUAAAUUAAUGAGUUUUUGAAAGAGAUUUCGAGCACUGAUAAAGCUGAUAAUCUCACAUGUGAGAUUAUUUAUGAUAAUUUCACAUGUGAAAAUUAUCGCUUUUCAAUUAUCGCUUUUCAAUUAUCGCUUUUCAAUUAUCGCUUUUCUGUAAAAAUUAUCGCUUUUCAGAGACCGUCCUAAUUUAUAUAAUAAACAGAAAAAUACAUGGAUGCUUGGAAUUCGCUGCGCUCACUCGUGAAAUAUCAUGUUCAACACUCGAAAUAAAUCUUGUAUUCCCGCGCACCCAAAUAUUAUUCUCUAUUUAAUGAACAGAUGCAUGUUAACGAAGAAUUAGAUGUGGCUAAAACAUCAUUGAUGUAUUUUAAGGUUGUUGUGAUGUUAUGCCGUGAGGACGAAAAUGGCAAGGUACUACAUUUUCCAAAAUUCGAAAUGUACAACUGUAUGGAAAGGAUACAGUGUUUCAAAUUGUGUUCAUUAUUCAUGUUUUUGCACAUAAACAACUCGCUCACAGACACAGUUCGCUGAACAACUCGCUCACAAACAAGACAAUUACAUAUACCGGGCUGGGUACGCAUGUAAAAAUCUCACAACUUGUCAACAAGUUGUACAGUAACAAUGCUGUUAUUUUAUCAAGUUACUAUACAAGGUUGUCACUCACAACUUGUUAACAAAUACACCCUUUCGAUAAUUACGCCAUUUGACCUGGGAGCCUCGCUCUCAUGAAUCUUGAGCCAAUCACCUUGCGUAAUUUACUAAUGAGAGCGAGGCUCCAAGAACAAAAAGUAUGUAUGACGUAAUUAUCGGGUGUAUUGUUGAAUUGCAGGACGAUAACAAGUUGGAACAACUUGUAACAAGUCUGUUGAGCUCAGCAUCCUUGUAUAUACAAGUUAAGUCGUCAAUAAGCCGUUGACAACUUGUCAGUAAGCUGGGAACAAGCAGUAUCAGACUUGUUACAAGGUUGCACAUGAUAUAACAAGAAUGUUACAAGGUUGACGACACAAGAUUGUAACUAUAUUGUUAUAUCACGACUGUAUCGGACUUGUUAGAACAACCUUGCAACAAUUCUGAUAAUAUCAACAAGCUUGUUACACGUUAACAGCUUGUUCCAAACUUGUUGACAACUUGGGGCAAGCAGUGCGAACACAACUUGUUGACGGCUUGUCGGCGCGUGUAGUGAUGACGUUGUUGAUACAAUCGUGAUUAUUUUAGAAAAAAUGUCAACGAUACUGGUGCGAAAGUGACGAGGAGAAACUGAAUUUUGGUGGAAUUAUCGUCAGAACCGUAAGUCAUUUCAAAAGAAUCUCAGUUUUCUUUUGUCUAGGGUGGUUAAUCUUUAAUGGGACAACAAGGAAAGAAUUGUUUAUACUAUAUAGUUAUAGCUACAAUUUUAAUUUAUAUCCCAGCAACUUUAAACUCAAUAGAGCGUCUUGUUUGUGAUAUAUUUGUUUGCAACAUUGUACUGGCUUUAAAAUUAUGUACAAGGUUGUCUUUUCACACCGUAAAACCUAGACCUUUAAAUGUGAAAUGAUUGGCCAUUUUCAACUCAUAGUUGUUAAUACGAUGAAUUUUCAUUUGUGAAUGGACCAAUCCCCAAUUAACCAAAAUUUUGAACUCAACAAGUCUAGACAAAAAUUUCAUCACAGCUUAGAAGAGCAUCACAAAAUUAGUAAUAUUCCAAAGUUUCGUUUUAAAAUGUUGUAAAAUGCGGAUAAUAUAGCCUUAGAUUACAAACGCGUAAUACAAAAUGACUGAAAAUUACAAACUUCGCAAGACUAUAUUAUCUGCAUUUUACAACAUUUCGCAACGAAACUUUGGAAUGUUACUAAUUUUGUGAUGCUCUUUCAAGCUGUGAUGAAAUCUAUGUUUAGGCUAGUUGAGAUCAAAAUUCUGGAAAAGUGGUAACCAUUUCCCGCUCGUAAUACAAAAUGAAUGAAAAUUGCAAAUUUCGCAAGGCUAUAAAGCCUAUAUUAUCCGCAUUUUACAACAUUUUAAAACGAAACUUUGGAAUAUUGCUAAUUUUGUGAUACUCUUUCAUGCUGUGAUGAAAUUUUGUCUAGACUUGUUGAGUUGAAAUUUUUUUUUAUUUGGGGAAUGGUCCAUUCAGUUCUCAUUUGUAAAUCGGUUUCGAAAUGAAGAAUAUCGGGAAAUUAUUGCGUCGCUAAUGUACAGUCUUUGUCCAAAUUCGUCAAUGCAGACUGGUUGUCUACACAUGCAUUAACUAUGCAUCAGCCGGCGUUUCGGGCCUUACAAAGCAUCCGAAUAUGGACUUUACCGUCUGUAGUCGUUCUCGUCGUAACACUGUAUUUCGCCAGAACAGAAUGAGGCAGUUGAAUGUGGAGUUAGCAUUUGCACACGUUGCGAACCAAAACUUGAACCACAUGUCGUAUUCGCCAUUUAAUGGUGCCUUACGUAUCAAACUAUAAAGAUGAAAUAUAAUUUGCGGAGACAAACAGGCAAAGAAACAAAGAACGGCCAAGGAACAUGUCGAAAUUUUCUUCACAUUUUGCUUGUGUUGUUGCAUCUGUCGGUCAGCCGUGGGGCUUGGUGCAAUUACUCUUGCUUCCCUUGCUUUUGACUUGGCAAUGACAAACGUUUUGUAGUUGGAGUAAAUGAAUAACAGCAAUAGAAGUGAUAAAUUAACUAUUAUGACAGUGUAUCUUGAUGCCAGAUGAUUUAGAGUUACAGUCGACUGUGCGAAUAUACUAUAAAUACCAGAAAUGUUUGGAAAUAGAGUAGUCUUUUUUUCGUCACCACGCGUUCGUGGAAGAAGGGGUAACUUAGAGCCAAGAAACGUUCCAUAUUUAGUGUUAUAAGUGCAUGCACAUAUUGCAAAUCCGGAGAAUAGCAUGUAUAUGUAUGCCACGAUAUUUUCCUGAAGUUCGUUAUCGCAUCCAAAAGACAGAAGAAUUAUUGCUGUUAUUGUUACAGGAUGCGUAACGGCGACCACAGCCAGGUCAAAACAGGACAGAACAAGAAUCAUAAAGUAGCAUGUUUUCUUCAGAAGUUGUGACGACCUCCUUAGACUGAUUAUAACCACAGAAUUUAGAAAUAUUCCAGAAAUCAUGAAUUUUAUAUUUACAGCACACAGGGAAAAUGUGUUAAUAAUCGUGUUGAGAUCCAUCUGACCUCACGUCUUGCAGCCGUCUGUUUUCACAAAAUGCUACACCGUCUCGUUUGCAAAAUAAAGUAACUUACAGCAGAAAUUUGCAUAUAUACCAAUAUAGAAAUUUGCAUAUAAAACAAUAAAAAAAAUGAAUAAGCAACAGCUGAUGCGAGCAGACGUAGCCUGCGAACAGGCUCUGUUGGCAGACGUGACGCAUGCGAAAUGGUUUGUUUUUCUUUCAUUUUUCUAUAUUUUUCGUAUUUACAUGUGUAAGUCGCUCUAUUCGGAUUUAAGGUGGUUUGAAUUUUUUUUUAAACCUGGCUGAAUGUACCACGGCAAAGUAUUCGAAAUAAAUGUUGUUUAUCUUUGUUUCGAGUUUCUAUUUUCGUCAAGCAAUUGUGAUAAAAAUUAAAACCAUGAUAAUUGAUAGACCUGUGUUCUUAAACUGUAAGUCACGUACGAUUGAUAUCGAUAGUCAAUUUGCAAUCAGGCCUUAAAAUAUCGGUCGGUCACGGACAUUGUCCGACCCAUUCGCGAAAUUGUCCGACGUAGAGAGGAAACCACCGGACAUUCUGUCCGACCAAAGUGAAACUGAGGUUUAUUGUUUGUCCGACCCAAGUGUAUUGGUGUCCGACCGAACUGUAGCUUUGUCCGACGUAAAUCAAAAUGUACCCUAGACCAGGACUAGAGGCUUGUAUGUUAAAUGGAAAAUCAGAGUACUAUUGUAUAAAAGGUGAACUGGAAAUGUUGUUUUAACGUAGUCGAGCGCGGGGCGGCGAGCGAAAUGGUGAAGUGGAAAACGGGCUUAAGUUGUCGAAGUCUUUUUUAAUACUGCUGUGCUGGCAAGCAAGUUAAUUUUGGCUUGGAAAUAAUUAUGAAAGAAACAAAUUAUUUAAUAUCUUUACAAAAUUUACCGUUUAUUCAUUUGUGUCAUUCAGACUUAUUUCCGAGUCAAAACUGAACUGAAGGUCAUCGGACAUAUGUCCGACCCAAACUCAACGUCACCGGACAUUUUGUCAGACGGCCCUGUAAAAGAUAUUUUAAGGCCUGUGCAAUAAGCCGCGCGUAGCUUAUUUAGGCUUAUCUUUCAACUGGCACAUGUACAUAUGGGCUUAUGUUAGCCGUGGCUUGAUUGUUAAGAUAAGGGUACACGGCACGUACUCAGAACAUUCAUUAUUCAUAUCUACUCGUUCACAUCCACCAGAACAAGAAAAUUGCUCUAGAAAUCGCACCGACAAUUGCAAGUGUAAACGGGGGUAGGUUCGAUUCCCACCGUGGCCGGGCAUAUUUUUCAAGCUCGCCUGGUGUGGAUUUACACUCAGAGUAACAUCACAAACAUCAUAUUCACCUGAGUACACAACACCAACACAGAAAAAAAUCAUAUCGGGCCUUAAUGAAUUUUUAUACGAGUCGUUCGCGAUCUAUUUUAUAGGCCAGGGCUCCUCACUCGACGAUAGGACUAAAACACCAUUCUGUAAAGUACGUCACUUUGGCUCUGAAGUCUCGUUUUCGUGUUGUGACAUUAGUUAAAGCCCAGCGUCGCAACCACGAGAACGAGGUUGUAUAGACCUAUACAACCAUGAGCAGUUACCAGGGGCGUAGGAAGCUGACCCCCCGGUUCCUACGCCCCUGGCAGUUACGCAAAAUGCCAUGACUAUAGGUCCUCUGGCAGAUAUAUAAACUCCUGACACUCGAGAUUCUCGAGAGUGGAAUUAUCGUGAGAACCGUAAGUCAUUUCAAAAGAAUCUCAGUUUUUUGUCUAGGGUGGUUAAUCUUUAAUGGGAGAACAAGGAAAGAAUUGUUUAUACUACCAUUAUAUAGCUACAAUGUUUAAUUUAUAGUCCCAGAAACUUUAAACUCAACGGAGCGUUUUGCUUGUGAUAUAUUCGUUUGCAACAUUGUACUGGCUAUAUAAAAUUAUAUACAAGCUUGUCCUUUCAAACCGUAAAUCCUGGACCUUUAAAUGUGAAAUGAUUGGCCACUCUCGACUCAUAGUUACGAUGAAUUCUCCAAGUCCAAUUCUCAUUUGUGAAUCGGUUUUGAAAUGAAGAAUAUCGCCAAAUUGUUGCAUAAAAUAUUUGUUGCAUAAAAUAAAUGUAGUCUUUGUCCAAAUUCGUCAAUGCAGACGGGUUGUCUUUACGGUACAUAUGGAUCACCCAGCGUCUCUAAAUGGGGCCUUACAAAGGCAACAGUCAUCCGAACAUGGACGUCACUGUCUGUAAACCUUCUCGUCGUAGCACUGUAUUUCGCCAGAACAGAAUAAGACAGUUAAACGUGGAAUUAGCACUUGUGCACGUGGCAAACCAGACCUUUAACCACAUGUCGUAUUCGCGAUUUAACGGUGUUUUGCGUGUCAACCUAUAAACAGACAAACAGGCAAACGGGCACAAACAGACAAAGAAACAUAGAACGGCCAAGAAACAUGUCGAAAUCUUCUUCAAAUUUUGCUUGUGUCGUUUCAUCUCCCGGUCACCGGUUGGUGCAACUCUUUCAUCCAUAGCUUUUGACUUGGCAAUCACAAACGUUUUGUAGCUGAAGUAAAUGAAUAACAGCAAGAAAAGUGAUAAAUGAACUGUUGUGACGAUAUAUCUUGAUACCAGAUGUGUGGUAAGAGCUACAGUCGACUGUACUACUUUUGAAAAUUGCAGAAAUGCUAGAAAAUAUAGUAGUCUCUCUUUCGUUACCACACGACCGUGGAAGAACGGAUACGUUAGAGCCAAGAAACGUUCGAUAUUUAGUGUUAAAAGCGCAUUUAUUGAAAAUCCAACGAAUAGCCUGUAUAUGUAUGCCGGGAUAUUUUGCCACAGUUCGUUAUUAUAAUCUCCAAAAGACAUAAAAAUUGUGUAUGUUAUUGUCACAGGAUGCGUAAUGGCGACCACAGCCAGGUCAAAACAGGACAAAACAAAAAUCGUAAAGUAGCAUGUUUUCUUCCGACGUUGUGACGACCUCCUUAGACUGAUUAUAACCACAGAAUUUAGAAAUAUUCCAGAAAUCAUGAAUGUUAUAUUUACAAUACACAGGAAAAAGAUGUUAAUGAAUGUGUUGAGAUCCAUCUGACCUGACGUCAUGCAGCCGUCUGUUUUCACAAAAUGUUAGACCGUCUCGUUUGCAAAAUAGUAACUUAUAUUAUACAGUAAAAAUUUGCAUAUACUUGUAAGAACAAUACACGGAGAGUUUAAAAAAAUGGAUAAGAAACAGCUGCCCCCUGCUGAGGUGACCUGUUUGAAAUGGGUUUCUCUUCCAUUUUCUUAUAUUUUUCGGUCUCUCUAUUCAGAUUCAAAAUGGUUUGAAUGUCUUUUAAACCUGCCUGCGCCACGGCAAAUGUUGUUCAUUUAUCUUUCUUUCAAGUUUUGAUUUUCGUAAAUGCUUGCAAUUAUGAUCAAAAAUUAAAACCAUGAUAAUUAAUUAUUAUAGGCCUCCCUGCUUACAUGUAAGUAUAAAUCACGAACGAUUGAUAUCAACAGUCAAUUUAGGCUUGAUUGAUUGACUUAUUAUUAAAAAUUAAGAUCACAUGGCAGUAGAAACUGAAUUGCGUGACUUAUUACAUAUAUAAUUUACUCUAAGACCUUAAAGGUUCUACUUAUCUUAAAACACCAAGGCCCCGGUUGUAUAAAAAAGUGAUUAAAGUUAACUAUGAUUAAGUGCAAACGUCAUCCAAUAAGAAGCGCCUAUUUUUAGAGUUAAUCACUAUUUAACUACAAAGUAGUGAUUAAAAAAGUGAUGAAGAGUUUUAUACAACCGACCCCUGUAAAUUAUUAUAUUUACAAAAUUUCCUUAUAAAAAUCGUUUAAAAAUUUCGUUAGCCUAAAAUGUAGAUUUCUUAUUUGAUUGAUUAUAUGCCUUACUACCAGCAAUUAUAAAUGAGUCAGAAAAAACGUUUAGUUUUAGUUCUGGCCCUACUAUAAGGGGUUUUGUACCCGCAGGUCAUAAGUUUCAGAUUCAUGUCUGUCCCGUAGCAGAUGUUUCAGCUUGCUAUCGGGACUUUCCUUUAUGUUCUGGAAUAGUUUGUUAGUGAGGGCUUCAUGAUGAUCGUCGAUGGAUUGAAUGUUAGCUAACUCCAGGGCGGUAGAGUACGGAACACCUAUAGAAAGAUACACCUCAACGCUCUUUUCGGGAUGCGCUCUAAAUCUUCUCUUAGCUAGAUAUAUUGGAAGAGAAUAAUGGAAAACAGGACAGGCGUAAUCCAAUGUUGAGCGUAUGCAUGCACAAUAAUGUUGCACUGUUUCAGCGAUAUCUACCCCGGACCGUUUGAGCUGAAUCGGAAAAUAAAGUUUUUGAAAGGCACUCUUCUCUAAAUAUUCAACAUGAUUGUUCCACGUAAGAUACGAGUUGAGCAUUAGUCCCAAAAGUUUAUUCGAUUCUUUUCAAUGAUUUAUUGUAUUGGUAGCCGUUGCCGUCCUAAAAUCGUAAGGUCUCUAAUUUUAUAGGCCAGGGCUCCUCACUCGACGAUAAGUCUAAAACAGCAUUCUGUAAAGUAGUUCACUUUGGCUCUGAAGUCUCGUUUUCGUGUUUGUGACAUUAGUUAAAGCCCAGUGUCGCAACCACGAGAACGAGGCUGUAUAGACCUAUAUAACCAAGAGCAAUUACGCAAGGUGCCAUGACUGUAGGCCCUCUGGAAGAUGUAUAAACUCUUUACACUCGAGAUUCUCGAGAGUGGAAUUAUCGUGAAAACCGUAAGAUAUUUCAAAAGAAUCUUAGUUUGUUAUUUUUUACUAGGAUGGUUAAUCUUUAAUGGGAGAACAAGGAAAGAAUUGUUUAUACUACCAUUAUAUAUAGCUACAAUGUUUAAUUUAUAGCCCCAGCAGCUUUAAACUCAACGGAGCGUUUUGCUUGUGUUACAUUCGUUUGCAACAUUGUACUGGCUUUAGGAUUAUAUACAAGGUUGUCCUUUCAAACCGUAAAUCCUGGACCUUUAAGUGUGAAAUGAUUGGCCAUUCUCCACUCAUAAUUAUGAUGAAUUUUCCAAAUCCAAUUCUCAUGUGUGAAUCGGUUUCGAAAUGAAGAAUAUCGCCAAAUUGUUGCAUCACUAAAAUAAAUGUAGUCUUUGUCCAAAUUCGUCAAUGCAGACGGGUUGUCUACAGUAGAUUUGGAUCAUCCAGCGUCUUCAAAUGGAGCCUUACAAAGGCAAGAGUCAUCCGAACAUGGGCUUUACUGUCUGUAGACCUUCUCGUCGUAGCACUGUAUUUCGCCAGAACAGAAUAAGACAGUUAAAUGUGGAAUUAGCACUUGUGCACGUGGCAAACCAGAUCUUUAACCACAUGUCGUAUUCGCGAUUUAACGGUGUUUUGCGUGUCAACCUAUAAACAGACAAACAGGCAAACGGGCACAAACAGACAAAGAAACAUAGAACGGCCAAGAAACAUGUCGAAAUCUUCUUCAAAUUUUGCUUGUGUCGUUUUAUCUCUCGGUCACCGGUUGGUGCAACUCUUUCAUCCAUAGCUUUUGACUUGGCAAUCACAAACGUUUUGUAGCUGAAGUAAAUGAAUAACAGCAAGAAAAGUGAUAAAUGAACUGUUGUGACGAUAUAUCUUGAUACCAGAUGUGUGGUAAGAGCUACAGUCGACUGUACUACUAUUGAAAAUUGCAGAAAUGCUAGAAAAUAUAGUAGUCUCUCUUUCGUUACCACACGACCGUGGAAGAACGGAUACGUUAGAGCCAAGAAACGUUCGAUAUUUAGUGUUAAAAGCGCAUUUAUUGAAAAUCCAGCGAAUAGCAUGUAUAUGUAUGCCGGGAUAUUUUCCCACAGUUCGUUAUUAUAAUCUCCAAAAGACAUAAAAAUUGUGUAUGUUAUUGUCACAGGAUGCGUAAUGGCGACCACAGCCAGAUCAAAACAAGACAGAACAAGAAUCGUAAAGUAGCAUGUUUUCUUCCGAAGUUGUGACGACCUCCUUAGACUGAUUAUAACUACAGAAUUUAGAAAUAUUCCAGAAAUCAUGAAUGUUAUAUUUACAAUACACAGGAAAGAGAUGUUAAUGAAUGUGUUGAGAUGCAUUUUUACUGAAGUCUUGCGGCCAUCUGUUUUCACAAAAUAUAGGACCUUCUCGUUUGCAAAAUAAAGUAGCUUACAAAUUUGCAUAUUCGACAUGGGUUAAUUACUACAACAAUACAUGGAUUGCUUAAAAAAAUGGUCAUGUCAGCUGGCGUCAGCUGUUUCUUUAUCCUGUGGGUUUUCUUCCUUUUCUUAUAGUUUUCGCAUUUAAGUCGCUGUAUUCAGAUUCAAAAUGGUUUCAAUGUCUUUUAAACUUGCAUGAGCCACGGCAAAGUAUUCGAAAUAAAUGUUCUUCGCCUUUGUUUCAAGUUUUUAUCUUCGUAAAUGCAAUUAUGAUAAAAAUUAAAACCAUAAUAGGCCUAUUUAUACGAGCAAAAAUAAGCCGCUGCUCAUAAUUGAAUAUUAAAGGGGCCCCAAUAAGUCACGAACGAUUCAUAUCAACACAAGGUAGCACGCAAGAGUUCGUUUUGCCUGUCUUUUAAUCACUUUAUUACCUUCGUUUUGUUUUUGUCCGCCAUUUUGAAAAUAUAUGCGGUAUCAUUCAUUAAUGUAUCGCAGACGCUAAUCACGAAGACGACGUUCGGCCGAAUAAAACUGUUUUAAUGGCUUUGUUAAAAGUUAUAUGUUGGGCUCUCAUAUUUAUUAUACGAAUUCGUUUUCCGUCUGGCAAAUCUGUGGCAACGAUAUUGAACUUUCAAAAACUAAAAAAUCGCGUCGCGUUGUCGAAUCGCGUCCGGUACGUGUGUCUGGACCUUAACACUUGCAAUGUUCUUUUGAUGGAUGUGAACGAGUGGAUGAGUUAUGAAUGUUAGGAUGAGGGUGCAUAUAUAUCAGAACAUUCAAUUACUCAUCUACUCGUUCACAUCGACCAGGAGGUGAGUGUAAAGGGGUCGUAAUGAGUUUUUACGAGUCGUUCGCGACCUAUUUUAUAGGCCAGGACUUCUCACUUGAUAAGUCUAAUACACCACUUCCGAAAAGCACGUUACCUUGGCUAUCGAGCAUAUGCUGUCGAGUCUCGUUUUCAUGUAUGUGACAUUAGGGAGUUUACGAUCUACGACGCGGUCAGCUCGGCGAUGUCGAGUCAAUUUAUGCUUGAAAUAACCCACAGGAAUUUAACCAUACUGCUUUAAUUGUCUAAAGCGUGUUUUAAUCUUACAAAUGUUUAAAUUAGUCUAAACUACUCCGAUGUUUAGCUGAUGUUGCCAUUCUGUCAACGUUAUAAAACAGCUCCAAUGCCGCAACGAGCUUUGAUAUCGCGAGGAAGCCGUGAAAAUUACUCGUUUGACGGUGUCCCAAGAAUGGCAACGCUGUUGAUGAAACUUUUGAGACUACAAAUUAUUCAUCCCUUUUGUCUCCCAUGACGUAUUUCUUUGUUUUGCAAGCGCGUCGUCGAACUGCCCACGUCGUGAAUCGCGUUAAAGCCCAGCGUCGCAUUAACGAGAACGAGGCUCUUUCACCAAGAUGACGUACUUUGAGUGUAGCAUUUAGACCUAACCCCGAGCGGUUGCGAGAAAUACAACUAUAUAUAGGCCGUCUGGCAGAUGUAUAAACUCUUUACACUCGAGAUCUCCAUCUACAAACACUUCUAUAAAACUAACAGUUUAAUACCCUACUUUAGGAAAGAUGCAUCGUUGUUGGAAAUGAUUUUAUGAUGAGAACACUGGUUGCCGAAUUUGAAGGGGUAA